AUGCAAGUAGUAGAAAUCGAGCAGGCCCCGAGAGACUAUAUAAGCGAUAUCAAGCUAGUCCCUUCCAGAUCGUUGCUCUUAAUAACUUCUUGGGAUGGUUCGCUCUCAAUCUACAAAGUAGACAAACAGGCGAAGAAAGUCGAUCUUUCGCAAACGCUACAAUACAAACACCCGUUGCUGUGUUGCGACUUCAUCGAUAAUCCAGACCUACAAAUAUACGUGGGGGCUGUACAGGGCGAAAUUCUAAGGGUAGAUUUGACAGCUACGCCCCACUUCCAAGCCCUAGCAAACAAUGAGGCCAACCUGGGCAUUUGUCGAAUGUGCAAAUACGGCGAUGACAAACUUCUCGCCGCCUCAUGGGACGGUCUGAUACAGGUCGUCGACCCUUUCCACUACCCUCAGGAAGUCGGCCCCACCACGAAGAACCUGAACCCCAUCGGUCCGGAGGUAAAGAACAAGAUCUUCGCCAUGGAUGCCAACUCUUCCCGUUUGAUCCUUGGUAUGAACAACAGUCAGGUCCGAUGGUUUUACCUGCCCCUUCGCGAAGACGACGACGGAACGCUGGCGGAGUCUGGACUGAAGUACCAAAUAAGAGAUAUCGCUCUCUUACCUCAAGACCAAGACGGUUAUGCAUGCAGCAGUAUAGACGGGCGAGUUGCUGUGGAAUUCUUCAGCGACGGGGGCAACGAAGAUGACUUAACCAAGAGAUUCGCAUUUAGAUGCCACCGCCUCAACUUGAAGGACACAAACCUGGCGUACCCUGUAAAUUCCAUCGAGUUUUCCCCUGUCUCCAGGUUCUUAUACACAGCUGGCUCUGAUGGUAUUGUUUCGUGCUGGAAUCUACAAACUCGCAAGAAAGUAAAAAACUUUCCCAAAUUUAACGAGAACAGCGUGGUCAAGAUGGCUUGCGGAGAUAACAUCCUAUGUCUGGCCACCUCAGACGAUACCUUCAAGACUAACGCAGCCAUUGAUCAUGCCAUCGAACUGGAAGCAAGCUCAGCAUACAUAAUAUUCGACUAUGAGAACUAG